UAAAAUCGACCCUGCCGGAAACUGCGAACGAAGGUUUCCCUCGGCCUAUGAGGGGCAGUGUUGUGUCAUCCGUGCAUGGAGCCACAUCCAUUUUUCUUCCUUCGUGAAAGAGAAGAGCGGCGCAAUGUAGUUCAAUUAAACUUUUUUUUUUUUUUUUCAUCAAUUUGGAAGACGACACACACUGCUCCGUCAUUCCUGCAGGGUCCUCUCCUCUGCACUUCCGGAUCGAUACGCGGGCUUCAGCUUCGCCGUCAGGACCGCCAGAGGAGAGUUCGGUUCGAUAAACCAAAGAUUUUCCACCCGACAUUCUGAACUCUCGAACGUCCCCAGAGCAGCUUUCAUCCACUUUUGAGUCCAUGGGCGCUCUCAACCUCCCGUGGUGUUCUACACGUUGACACUGUUGGAAGCAAGAAAUAUUGAUCCAGCGUAUCUCCAGCCAAGGCUUUUUCCAUCCGGCUCAAGCGGUUAUGGAAAGACGCGACGAGGUCCCAGAAGUUUAUCCGGACAUGGAGGGAAGAAAACCCCCAACAAAACUCUCCACACAAAUGAGGAUUCUUACAUGGCUUGGGAGAGACAGCUGCCUUAUGGACUGCGCCACAGGAGUCCCAUACCACAAGCACGGCCAUCUGGGACCAAGCAACGUGAGGUGACAGUGAUUCCCCCUUCUCAAGUGGCAGUAAGACGGAGCCGCCAUUGGCGCCACAGUGACUUUGUUCGCGCUAAAUCACUGAGAGUGGGCUGUGUUCAAAGCCCUCCUCGGUGGCCCGGCGGAGCAGAAGAUGGAGACGAAGAAGAGGACGACGGUGACGGCCAUGCCCGUGUCUGGUCGGAUCAAAGCCGAGCGGCGGAGGGAAAAGGCCAGCUGGCAGCGGGGACAUGUGAAAUUGUGACGCUGGACAGGGAUAGCAGCCAACCGCGGCGGACCAUCGCCAGGCAGACGGCCCGCUGCGCCUGCAAGAAGGGCCAGAUCGCCGGAACCACGAGAGCCAGACCCGCCUGCGUGGACGCCGCCAUCGUUCGGAAAAAGCAGUGGUGCGAGAUGGUGCCGUGUUUGGAGGACGAAGGCUGCGACCUGUUAGUCAACAAAUCCGGCUGGACCUGCACGCAGCCCGGAGGCCGAGUCAAGACGACCACGGCUCUAUGACGCGACAAGACGCCCUCGCACUACGGAGAGCAUGGACGACCCCCUCGACAAGCACCCGGACACAACCCGCCGCCGCUUACCCACCGCUAUCAUGAGCCUGCCCUUUUCCCGGAAGGCCUCCACCCUCCAACGCGGUACUCGUGGAGGGCGAAAGGUCUCCUAACGCCACGAGAGCACCAGAGAGGGAGUCUUUGCAGGACCUCUUUCCACCCCCACCACUCCACUUCCCCCCCAUCUCUCCAGGACAUCGGGUAAAGGACUGGCGGUCAUACACUGUUCCCUGCCAGCGACUCCACAGGCUUUGUGACUUGUCCCACCCGGCGAGCGUCGUCAGAUCCACGCGGUCGCCCGCUCUCCGCUUCCGCAUGCACCGUCCAAUUUGCAGCUUUCGCCCGUGCCCCGCCGAGGGUCGGAGUGCGGCGAAAGGCCAGUUGGUCCCCUGCGGGAAGCCCUCUGAACGGCGCGAGUUCCCUGGCUUUUUUCACCGUUCUAGAAGAUCAGCAGGAGAGGACGCCGAGAUCCUUUGGAGAAGCGAGGGCUCUCUGUUGCCAGUAGGCCUUUUGUCGGAGCCAACUUCCGUACUUUUAUAGACCAAAGAUCAAAAGAACAAAGGCGCCGGGAACCGACCGAAGCAUCUCCGCCAGGCGUACCGUGAACAGUUUGACUUGGUACCGGUGUACGCAAGGACGCAAGGAGUACUUUUGACCGUUUCGGGACCUUUUUCUUUCCUCAGACUUAGUGUAACGCUUUACUUUGAAACUGGAUACGUAGCUUCUCCAUGCGUCCAAGUGCGUGUGAAGGAGAUGAAAAAAAAUUGUCAAAAAGAUGUGAUUGUGGGGACAGCUUGGCACUGUGGCAUCGGCGAAGGACUAACCGGGGGGGGUGGGAUUUGGGAAAACCUAUGAAAAGAUUGCGUGUAGGGAUGUCAUUAAAUGUAUUUUGAAAGGCCCUAAAAGUUAUAUAUUUAACAGUUUUUCUAUGUUGUACCUUUGUAGAGGAGUUUAUUGGACUCGUGGUCUCAAUGACAAUUAGGACGUGAACAGACGCCGCCGUCGACGUGACCGCCGGCGCCGGUAGUUUAGGAAAUUUUGGCGGGCGCCUCGCUAGCUGCUUUGUUUUCACGCUCAUUUCCACGCGGCUGUCCGGCAGAAAAGAAUCCCGAGGACUGAACUUGUGGCCGACGUAACAUUGUAAAUGUCCAGUAGUGAGUGGAAGCCAUUGAAGAGCGCUAAUUUGCUAUUGUAUUGUACACAACGUGGAAUACUGACUCAUUUCCUCCGAACGGCUUUGGAUGUGUUAAUUUAUUGGCGUCGGGCCGCGCGGCAGUCGGGUCGGACGAGGGCGAGGAGGAGACGGAACCAGAGAGCUGUGGAAUUUUUUUUAUGGUGAAAUAUUUUAAGAAUAAAUGAAAUACAGUGAAAGAAAUGUUAUGAGAAAAUGGAGGUGAUGUUACUAUGUCAAAGUUGGGCUCCCCCCCCCCAAAAAAAAAAAAAAAAAAGAAGUUUAACAAGAGUUCCUCAGAGUCAUGAAGUACAUGUCUUGUUCCCAAAGAGAUAUGGUCAUUUUAAUGUCAUUUGUAAUGGUUUGAAUGAGGCAAGCUUGUUAAUAACACUCCACAGAUAUGACCGGUAAAUGUAAUGAAACUCUAGAAAGGUUUUAUGAAAUGAGUGGAUUGGAAAUGAAGCAUAAAGUUAUACAGUAACCAGUAAAAGUACUUUUAGUGUCCAGAUGAGAGGUUCUAGAUUUUGGGAUACUGCGUGCUGUCCACUCGUAUUACACCAGAAUGCAAACAAUGUGGUUCAUUCAUUUCAGAAAGAGGCGUCACGUUACAUGAAACUGUUUUUCCUCUCCAACGGAUGGCUUUAUGGGUCCAAAGAGGAAAAUGUGAGAUGCCCACAGAGGUGAAACCCGUGUCACGUUGGUGAAUCGGUGCUAUUUUGGUGCAGAUUAGAGUCAAAUGAGUAGAUUUCAUUAUGAGUGGGUGUUUAUUUUGGCAUCCACCGGGCUCGUGCUUUUAGCAACUGAUUCACAGUUUGGACAGUUGAAAUGAGUUAAAGAGACUUGCAAAACAUAUUUGUGGAUGCAGCUGAUCCUCUUCCCACCUCCUGGAUGGAUGGAGUUACUGCAAUGUGUCACUUUUGUGUUGUUUCAUGUUGUUUAUCUUCAUGAUUUUGUUUAUCUUCACCAACUUGAAAGCAUUCGGUGAGUCGCAAGGAAGGUUUGUAUCACAAAGUUAAUAUUGUGGCACGAGUGCCUCCACACACGCGUGUAUGUUUUAUGAAUUUAUUGAUUGCAGCUUCUUCACAAAAAACCCCCAACUUUAGCAAAUGGAAAGAGAAAAAAGUACCACACGUGAAUGUAUGACCCGAUUUGGAUUGUUGUUUCUUUUUAACGAUCCCUUUAUGAUUGUGUUCGUGUGAGGUGGGGUCGCGGGGCCAGUGGCUUAACUUUUACCGGGUCUGCCGUGGAAGUUUGGAGUUGACCCCGGGCCGCCUGAGAGACCUCAACAACAGAUGCGGAUGGCAAAGCUUUGGUCAGUUGUGUUAGAGGCAUGAGUGGACCAGCAGGACGAGAGCCCCGGGUGGGCAUAGGACUCCCACCUGCGGUAAGCGAAGGUAAGUCCAUUGCUUGGUAUUAGCAUGAGUUGCAAUGUUGCCGGUUUCUCAAGUAGGAUCUGGUUGCUGUGUGUGAGACUGGAUCAGAGGAGCGACGCCCCGGAACUUCUUGGACUUCAGGGUGUAAGGAAGGGUAUACUCAUGACUCAAAUUCAAUGUGAGUGAAAUGAUGGAGAACUGAAUCAAAUGUUGAAGCGUGAUGGUUUGUGGAAGAGUAUAUAUAUUUUCUUGUACUUUAUGAAAAAGAAUAUUAACGAGUGUUUGUUUAGUAAUCAUUGAAAAUGAUUUUUUUGUGUCCAAAGUCUUAAUGCAAUUGCCAAAAGGAUGACAGCAUCAUAGCAAGUUUUUGUGUUGCACUUCUUGUAACAUUCUUUAAAAGUAAUUGAAAAGCUGCUGCAAAUUGGAAUGCACCCCUCAUGUUGUUGCCAAUCCAUGUAUGUACAGAAGGCUCAAAUGACUUCAAGAACAAAGGUCCGGUUUUGUAAAUGUCCCUGGCAAAAGGCAAUGUUGGCCGAGACGGAAGAUGAAGACGGCGCCCGGAUGGGUCUCCGAGGCGUACGUCGACACCAGGCCUCCGCUCGGGUGCACCGGACCAGCAACGGAGAAAGAAUUGGCACGAUUUCAGCGGCUUUUUGAAAAAGGCAUUUACACGC